CGAACUCCAUAGCAACACACAGAUUCCUCCUCACUCGCUCCACUCUCACAGUCUUCACUCACAAAAAAAAACCUCGGAAUCUCUCGUCCACUCUCUCUCACACACGCACACGAACUCACGGAACGGGUUACUGAAAAGCGACGAGUUUGAUUAUGGCUGAAGCCGACGGAGGAGGGGACGCGAAAGCACCGUUAAACUCUUCCAUCCCUUCCGGAAAGGACACCGUUUGGUUUGAUGUCUCCUCUCUCCUCCAUCGCGCCUGCCACGAUCUUCGAAAUGAUGAACUCAUCAAUGGGGAGAAUUUCAAUCUCUUUGCCGCCAUGUCUGCUUUAGAGAUAAUGGACCCGAAGAUGGAUUCAGGUAUUGUAUCAACCUAUUAUUCUGUUGAUGAAGCCAUUGAGAAUGGUGCUGCUCCUAUUCCACUGAGCUUUGAUAGAACAAUUGAUGUUCAAUGUGUUAUUGAUAUAAUGGACCAUUUUCUUGCUUGUGAGGCUACAUGGCAUAAAGGAGGUUCGUUAGCGCAAACAGUGUUUUCUUGCAUCUACCUCUUGAGGCCUGAGAGAACAUCAUCUCAUGCCCUACUGCAUUCUUUCUGCAGAGUUAUACGUGCUACUUGCAGUGCCCUUGUUUCAGCUGUCUCAGAGGCACGCACAAAUGAAGAAGAAGAUCUUUUUACCAUGGCUUAUGGUCUACCGUUAAAGGUCAAUGGAGAUGAAAAAUGUUUAUCAAUGAUACAUGCAGUGGAUGAAACACUUUGUCGACAACUGAAGGCAUGUAAAGCACCAGUGUCAAAAAAAACAGUUCUCGAAGAUGUAGAGCCCCUGCAAACUCAUCUCGAUCUUGAAGAAGGCUUUUGCAAAGCUGUUUUGUGCCGCAUACGUUUUCGUAAGCACUUUUACCAUGUACUGACAUGCUUGAGGAAACCCCAAGGAAGAGGCUUGGAGUUAGCAAAGAAACAUAUUAUUUCCUGCUUAUCUGAGCUAGAUUCCAUGCUUAAAACUGAGGAAUUCCUGAGAGACAACUCUGCACGUGGAACUGUUGAGAAUGAAGAUGAGAAAACAACUGCCUCAGGUUGUCAACCAGUUGGUUUCGAUUCUACAUUAAACAGCAGGUCAGCAGCCCCAACUCCACCCCGUGCAAUUAAACUACUAAGCUGGAAAAAGGCAGUUGAUUAUUUCCGGAAGCUUCUGCAUGAUCUAGAUGUUAUAUGUUCCUACUCAUUGGAUCCUGUUUUUGAAGGUGCCCUCCGGUUUGUGGUUGAUGUGCAGAAGUUUCAACCAGAUUUGGUUGCUCGAGCUCAUAUCCAGCUUCUGCUGGUACAAGAUGGGAAGCUUUAUGGACGUGAAUCUUUAUUUGCUGUCAUAUGCAAGGCUGCCCUAUUACCUGAAGGCGCAAAGAAUCAUGAUAUCCAAAAGAAUGAGAGUGUUCAACAACUAGGGCAGUUACUUAUCACUUUGUUCCGAGUCCUAUGUACAAACACUGCAUGGCAGAGGCGUAAACUAGGGAAGAUCUUACAGGAUUGGCGAAUAAUAUAUGUUCAGCUUGAGUUGGCUUUUAGAAAGGAGUUUGGGGAGACUGCAAGCACUUCAGUUGAACAGGACUUGUUGUUAAAGGUCUGCAAACAUAUCCUCAUUUGGGUAGAGGAGCAAACAUAUUGGAUAGCUUUACGUUUCCUUAUGGUUGGCUUUGAAUUAGAGCUAUAUUCAACUGAUGAAUAUUGCAUGGUAUAUUGGUACAUUUAUAUUAUCCUGAUCAAGCUAGCCGAGAAAACUCAUCUCAAAAUAAUGCUGAGCAACGAUUCUAGCCGACGAAAAUCAAAAAAGAAGAAAGGUUUUGUAAAGGAUGUUGGCAAAGACUAUCAAGUUCCACCUGUGGUCCUGUUCCUUCAGUGCUAUAUACAUGUUUCACAAGGUCUUAUGAUGAUACUUGCUUCCUUACGGAACGAAAACAAUAUCAUCUUGUGUCAGGGUCCUUUCAACACUGAACACGAGAGAUUUGUCCAGCACUUUGAGCUGCUGCAGAAGGCUUCCCUUCCUGAUCAUGCAUCCUUCUUUUCCUUCACUGAGACUGUAGCUAAUACUCAUUUUUCUACUCUAUCCAUGCAUAACUGCUUCAAAGACGCACAAAAGAUUGCAAAGGAGCUGCGCGGUAGUUUUGCAAAUGAUCCAGACAGAUUGGGGGAGCUUCGCCAGAUAGAGCAGGUAGCAGAACAUAACCACGUUGCUCUAAACCUUCUCUGCCAGUUAGGAAGCCUUGAACCGUCGCUCAAAAUUUCCUUCGAUUUUAUUCACCAUCCACAUUUUGCCACUGCUUCUGUGAAGAGGUCUUGAUGACUCAAAAUUUUGAUUUUAAUCACUACCCCCUUUUGAGUCAUUAAACUUUGUUUCCUUUGGCAUUAGUUUUUCUCAUUUCACCAUUGAUUUGUCUGACGACCACCCUGAAAGUUGAAAAUAUGAAUUGUACUAUUAUUAGAAGGUAGAGAUUAUUUAACGAAUACACAACAAUUAUAGUCUAGAAGCUUCUAGCAAUUUUGUGAUAUUGGUUUUGGCUCCUACUCGUCACUAUUUUCCUAAACAAUGAUAAAUUAAUAAUGAAAAAACAUAUCCAUGUGUUUGACUUU